AUGACUCCUCAGGUACUCCUGUUGGUAAGUCUGGCUACUGCUGUCAGUGGCCGGUCUGAGAAGCUGACAGUCCAAUCAGACUACUCUAAUCAUGAUCACGGAGUCUCCCUUCACGUGCCGGGAUUCAACGCGCAUACGGCAGAGGCCCAGGGUACCUAUGACCCUACUUAUAACGUACCUUUGAAACCGGGUCGCGAUUACAGCAAUUCCGAGUUUCUAGGACCUUCAUACAGCGGUCCUGAUCCCUCUCCUGCCCGCUACAAAAACAGAAACCCUAGUACCUCUGAUACAGCAUACAGUAAGCCUGAACCCCCAAUAUACAGUGUCCCAGCUCCCCCGGCUCCAGCAUAUAGCAGCCCUGACCCCCGUCCACCUAGAAGUAAAAUCUUUAGUGCACCAUCUACAAGGCACAGCAUACCUGAGGCCUCAUACAGCAACCCUGUGCCCCAUUCUCCUGUAUUCAGUAAUGCCAGUCCUCCCUCCCCUACAUACAGUAACGAAGAUCCCUCUUCUUCAGCAUUUAGUGGCUUUGAUUCCUCCGCUCCUAGACGCAAGGCUGGAGGGCGAGUCACAGCCCCAAGGGAACCAUCUUAUACCAACGACAUCCCACAGUCUGCUACUAAAAAGCAACCAGCGCAGUAUAACUUCCAGUACGAUGCGCAGGACAUAGAGACCGGCAGGAACCAUGGCCACCAGGAGACACGGGAAGGAUACAACACCCAGGGUUCCUAUUAUGUUCCUCUACCCGACGGUCGGGUUCAAAAGGUCACCUAUUACGUGGACGGUGACUCCGGCUUCAUGGCUGAGGUUACUUACGAGGGAGAGGCCACCUACCCGGAACCAUCGUACUCGCGCGAGUCUAUAUCCGGAUACCAGGCCGCUCCAGCCCCCAGCUACAAACCUGCUCCAGCCCCUAGCUACAAACCUGCUUCAGCCCCCAGUUAUGAACCUGCCCCAGCCCCCAAUUAUAAACCUGCCCCAGCCUCCAGUUAUAAACCUUCUCCAGCCCUCAGCUACAAACCUGUUCCAGCCCCUAGCUACAAACCUGUUCCAGCCCCUAGCUACAAACCUGUUCCAGCCCCUAGCUACAAACCUGUUCCAGCCCCUAGCUACAAACCUGCUCCAGCCCCCAGCUAUGAACCUGUUCCAUCCCCCAGUUAUACACCUGCUCCAGCCCCGAGCUAUAAACUUGCCCCAGCUUCUAACUACGAACCUGCCGAUACCUCCAGCUACAAACCUGUUCCAGUCCCCAGCUACAAACCUGUUCCAGUCCCCAGCUACAAACCUGUUCCAGCCCCCAGCUAUAAACCUGCUCCAGCCCCUAGCUAUAAACCUGCCUCACUCCCUAGCUACGAACCUGCCCUACCCCCCAGCUACGAACCUGCCCCAGCCCCCAGUUACGAACCUGCCCCAGCCCACAGCUAUAAACCUGCUCCAGCCCCCAGCUACAAACCUGCCCCAGCCCCCAGCUACAAAGCUUCUCCAGCCCCUUCCUAUAAACCUUCCCCAACCCCCAGCUAUGAACCUGCUCCAGUCCCUAGCUACGAGCCUGAUCUAACCUCCAGCUACGAACCUGCCCCAGCCCCUUCUUAUAAACCUUCCGUAGUCCCCACUUACAAGCCUAGUCAAGUCUAUAAGCCAUUGCAAACCUCAAGAGGCAGAACUGCCUCUAGAAAAGGCUACAAGCCUACUCCUGCCCCCAGUUAUGAGCCUCCCCCAAAUGCGGCCUACGAAUCAGCGCCUACUCAAAAGUACGAGCCUACAUCUAAUCUAGCUCACGAAUCAGCAGCAAAGAAUCGUAGACGUAGGCCAGGCUCUAGGCAAACCUACAAAUCUACAUCUAGCCCAGCCUACGACUCUUCACCUACGCAAACCUACGAAUCUGUUAGUCCGGCCUACGAACCUGCCCCCACACUGAGUCACAAACCUACCUCGAGUACAGGUUACCAGCCUGCACCCACGCGAAGAUACCACCCUACACCACCUGCCAGUUACGACCCAUCACACGACCAUGAGGAAUCAACCAUCUAUGAGGAUUCUCCAUCCUACGACCUAAUUUCCGCCUAUGAAGAAGUCCCUGGUGAAGAGUACAAAGAUUCGGCAGAUUACUAGUGCGAAAAAUCCCUAGCACAGAUAUAUAAUUCAUAAUAAAUAUUGCAUUGUU